AUGAAAAGUAUUGCUACACAAAGAAUUUUAAUUGAAUACUUUGAGUUCAUGGAGAGCUUUGAUGAUGUAUCAAUCAGAGGGUGCGAUUCUGGUGUGUUUGGUGCACCAGUGUUUGCUCUGUCUGCUUCCCUGCAAUCUUUCAAAAUCAUUGACUGCUCUAAGCUUCAUGACAAGUUCUUGACUCACUUUUCACACCUUGAAGAUGAGAUUGGCCAUUUAGUUGGCCUAGCUGAACCUUACUUGAACAUUGCUAUAUUAGUGGAACUUAGUAAGUGUCUACCCGGACUAUCAUAUAUUGAUAUGUCUAAGGUGAAUACGCAUCUCACACCCCGUCCAAUCUUACUUACAAGGCAUGGAGAAAGUCGAGAUAAUGUUAGAGGCAGGAUUGGGAGUGACUCUGGUUUGAGUCUUCUUGCUCUUGGCUUACCAAUUUGGUCGGUUGAUUUGAUAACUUCUUUGAACGGUGAUACUGGAGAGAUUUAUGCAAAGAAACUUGCUAACUUCGUGGAAAAGAGACUGAAAAAUGAGCGGGCUGCUUCUAUAUGGACUAGCACAUUGCAGAGAACAAUUUUGACAGCUGGUUCAAUCGUUGGAUUUCCAAAGAUACAAUGGCGUGCACUUAAAGAGAUAAAUGCUGGAGUGUGUGAUGGAAUGACAUAUGAAGAAAUAAAGAAGAAUAUGCCUGAGGAAUAUGAGUAUGUUGCAAUUCUUUAUGUAAUGGAUUUUCUUCUUCUUCUUCUUCUUCUCUUAGGUGAGUUUUCUAAAGAUGAGUAAAAUAAUAAUAAUGGC